AUGACUGCCUCACUCCUUACCCUAGAUGUCAAAGGCGCAUUUGACGCCGUGCUUCCUGGCAGACUGAUCCGCAGAUUGCGAUCCCCAGUAUCUGGCAUUUUAUUCAUGCUCUACAUAGCGCCUCUAUUCCGUCUAGGAAACCCAAGGAACAAAUUUGGCUACGCCGACGACGCAGCUAACCUGGCGAUCUCGACAUCCCUUGCUACUAACUGCGAAGCCUUAUCAGACUCACUUCAAGAAGCUCUUAACUGGGGUGCUGCAGAGGGCAUUACUUUCACACCAGAUAAAUACGAGCUUCUUCACUUCUCUCAACGAAAAGCAGACCAGGACCCAACCUGCACACCUUCAGUAAAAGCUGGAUCUAUUACAGUCUCAGAAAAUACUAAACGCCUAUAUCUACGUUGGCUAGGAAUCCUCUAUGACAAAAAGCUCACAUUUAAAUGGCAUGUCAGUGAAACAGUAUCUAAAGCCCUCACUGUGGCUAAUGCCCUUCGCUCUCUAGGGAAUACUGCCCGAGGAGUUAAACCUUAUUUACUACAGCAAGCUGUAUUAGCCUGUGUACUCCACAAAGCAUACUAUGGCGCAAGAGUAGUCCUUCUAGUUUUCCGCAUAACCCCAAUAUCUGUCCUUUACCGGGAGUCUGGAUUCUCUCCACUAGAAAUUGAACUAGAUCGAAUAGCCCUUCUCGCAACUGUCCGCCUACGGCGUCUGGAUCCUUACCACCCACUUCGAAGACGUGCGGAACAGGUUGCCAGUAAUAGCCGACAAACCAGCCGAUUUGCCCGCCGCAUACUGGCCCUCCCCAACUCUAAGCAGAUAAACCCUCUCCAACACGCUCCCUGGCACCCUCGCGAGACGCGCGAGAAUGCUCAAGCUCGAAUAGGAGCUCCCAUGGGACGCAGUAAGGAACAGGCAGCGGCUGAUUUUAUAGCUUUUCAACGCACCAUCCCUAGCUCUGAUAUUAUAAUCUUUUCAGAUGGAUCUAGACUAGUAGACGGACGUGCAGGAGGAGGUUACAUUGGAUUUCAAGCACACAAUCAGUUCCUCCGCUCCUCACUCUCAUAUAAACAUGGGAAAGAGGUCUUCGACGCAGAAGCAGAAGCUGCCCUAGCUGGUGCCCAAGCAGCAAUAGCAUACCCAACAGCUCAAUUUGCUACUAACUUAUGGAUCUGCCUUGAUAACUUAGAAGUUGCCACGCGUCUUCUAUCUCCCUCUACCGGAUCUUCUCAAGAAGCCUUUGAAUCCUUCCGCACCCUUGCAGCUGGCUGGCCACUAUAUGAAAGGCUUCCACACACCAAAAGUGGAUCAGUCUAA